AUGGGGAGCAGAAGCACGCUUGCGAUGCUGCUCUGCUUCAGCUCUGUCGCCGCCUCUGCCUUCGGUAGGCAACUGGCCGACAAGAAGCUCGGCGAGGAAUUCUUGUGGCCCAUCAAAGGUGGCAGCUUUGGCAAGGGCCUCGGUGGCGGUGUUGGACUUGGUGGAGGAGGGCUUGGCGGUGGUUUUGGCAAGGGAAGUGGACUUGGUGCCGGCAUUGGAAAGGGUGGAGGGCUCGGCGGCGGGCUCGGUGGAGGCGUGGGACUUGGCGGUGGUUAUGGAAAGGGAAGUGGACUUGGCACUGGCAUUGGAAAGGGUGGAGGGCUCGGCGGCGGGCUUGGUGGAGGCGUGGGACUUGGCGGUGGCAUUGGGAAAGGGGGUGGGCUCGGCGGUGGCAUUGGUAAGGGUGGCGGGCUUGGUGACGGCAGAGAGAAAGGAGCUGGGUUUGGUGGCGGCGCCGGCGGCGGUUUUGGCAAGGGAGGCGGACUGGGAGGUGGCUUGGGAAGUGGUUUCGGCAAGGGUGGCGGCGUCGGUGGAGGAUUCGGUGGUGGUGGGUUCGACGGUGGAAUUGGCGGCCGUCAUUGA